UCCACUGGCUUUGGGAAGCUCUUCUCUCUGCUCUCUUCUCUCUUCUCUCACAUCAGGCAAAAAAGCAAACACUUAACGAGGAAGAAACACACUCAUUUCUCUCUCACGUUCCCCUAAAUUUUAUAACUUUUUUUUGGGUUUCUGGUUUUGUGGUUAAAACCAUUUUCUCUCCUUAAAUCUCUCUGUUGGAGAAAGUAAUUAUGUUUUAGGUUCGACUACUCUGUUUCUGGGAAUUUUCAUUUCUUUUUUUUCUUUCUUUCUGGGAUCACAUUUUGCUUUUUUUCUUUUUUUUUUUUCUUUUGGUUCUUUUAUUUUGUAACGCCAUUUAUGUGUUGAAACUGUUACCAAGUGUUGGGUCUCUGAGUAGGAGAUGGUGAGAAUCUCGCUGCUUUUGUUGUGUCUACUGGUUUCUACUUGUCUUUUCCAUACUUCAUCAGCACAAGCUCCAGGUUUUGUAAGCUUGGAUUGUGGAGGUGCAGAGCCAUUUACUGAUGAGCUUGGACUUAAAUGGUCACCUGAUAAUCAUCUUAUAUACGGGGAAACCGCUAAGAUAUCGUCCCUUAACGAAACAAGAGCUCAGUACACGACUUUGAGGCAUUUCCCUGCUGAUUCAAGAAAGUAUUGCUACACACUCAAUGUCACUAGUAGGAAUCGUUAUCUCCUUAGAGCUACUUUCUUGUAUGGUGAUUUCGACAACAGCAGCAAUGUGUAUCCCAAAUUCGAUAUCUCCCUAGGGGCGACUCAUUGGGCGACCAUUGCUAUCUCUGAAACCUAUACAAUCGAGACAGCAGAACUGGUGUUUCUGGCUUCUACUCCUAGUGUCAGCGUUUGUUUGUCCAAUGCCACUACUGGGAAGCCGUUUAUAUCUACCCUUGAGCUUAGGCAGUUGAAUGGUCCAAUGUAUAGCACCAACUUUGAAGACCGGUUUUACCUGAGUGUUGCAGCUCGGAUUAAUUUUGGUGCUGAAAGUGAAGCUUCUGUGAGGUACCCGGAUGAUCCGUAUGAUAGAAUAUGGGAAUCUGAUUUGUUAAAGAAGCCUAAUUAUCUUGUGGAUGUUGCUGCUGGGACUGUACGAGUGUCGACUACAUUGCCUAUUGAAAGCAGUGUCCAUGAGAAACCGCCUCAGAAGGUUAUGCAGACGGCUGUGGUUGGAACAAACGGGUCCUUAACUUACAGAAUUAAUCUGGAGGGCUUCCCUGGUUCUGGUUGGGCAUUUACAUACUUUUCUGAAAUCGAGGAUUUGGCUGACGACGAGUCAAGGAAGUUCAGAUUAGUUCUACCUAAUCAGCCUGACAUUAGCAAAUCCAUUGUUAACAUCAAGGAAAAUGCGCUGGGACCACAUCGUGUUUAUGAACCUGGCUAUCCUAACAUAACCCUUCCAUAUGUGCUNUAA